AUGUCGCUUGAACCUGCAGUCCCUCCCAAUCGUGAACGUGAACGAGGGUCAAAACAAAAGUCAAUCAAAUCGCGACAGGCGAUUAUUGCCCAAGAAGAGCACGAUAUGGAACGUGCCCGAACUGCAAUGCAAUACCUUGCUCAAUACGAUGCACAAGCAGACAGACUUCAGCAACAAAGUCAGGACGACAAUGAUGUACAAGAGUGUGCACAGUUGCGCGCAGAAUACUACGGCAUUCGGGCUGCACUGUGCUGGAGAGAGCAACAGUACGAUGUCGCAGAACAUAUGUAUACCAAGAUGGAGACCCUAUUGCCAUCUCUCAACCAUUUCUCUGCGGAGAACUUGGUUGAGGUUCUUUUCGAUAUUGGCUGUCUUCUGAUGGCUAAGAAAGACUUUGUCAUGGCAGUUAAAUGGCUUGGCAGAAGCAACGAUAUCAUCACCAACCAAAGCAUCGACCAGCUCACAGAAGAUGGUAUCAAACUUCGGUUUGCAGUAUUCCAGACUCAUAUCGCCGCCCUUCUGGGUGUCGAUACGGCUGAAAGCUUUGAAAAGGCCAGAAGCCUAGUCAGUUAUAUGGAAACAGAAGUCGGCAGUCAGCCAUUUGUUCAUAUAUUGAAACUGGAGCUCCUGAACAAAUCGCCUGCCGAGGCUUUCGACUGUGAGGCUUACUCUAGCGUCCUCGGGAAGAUGAUUAGAUCCUUUAACUAUGUUGAAUCAACUUUCAGUGCCUUGAGGAAGCAUAUUGCAAAGCUUCGGGAUAAAAGUCCCAGUCUUGGCAUGAAAUUAUUGGAUGAGUUUGUCACAUGUCUUAGCGACUCUGGAUUUGUGAAGGACGAAACUGUGGACUGGUACGAAAAACUUGUGGUUCUGCGGGUCAAGAUGACUACCCAAUCCCAUGAAUCUCCCGACCAUCUUAACACAGCCAAGAAGUUUUUCGCCGGAUGCGAACGUCCAUUAGGCACACGAGGUGCAGUAGCGUCUCAAACGCUGCUUUGGAAGAUGCUUGACACAAGAUUUUCGACGCAAAGGUUCGAUAUGGCGCGAGAAUGGGGUUGUAUUGCGUUGUUGCCGGUAUUCCGAGAAGCAGGACCCAACAAUCGAGCAAAAGUUGAAAGGUACCCAUUCCGUAAACCCAACAAGGAAACCGACGUCUUUGCUGAUAUCAAAAAUAGGAAACUGCUGCUUUGCCACAUAUCCCUGAAUGAGCCGGAGGCAGCCAUGUCUGUCUAUCACUCAAUGUCAGAGAACAGCCAGACGGAUAAGAAAACAAGCUAUAUCAUGUUCAAGGUUGCGAUUCGCAACUCGGACCCUGAGCUAGCCGUACAGUGCCUAGAGAUCAUGAGCAACGCCAGUGACUCUGAGGAGUUGAUUUAUGCUUGCGUACUUGACGCACAAAAGUCUGGCAACAAUGCUUACGUUAUCGAAGCCUUGAGAAAGCUGAUUCAAGUGCGCAAGAUUCAACCAAAUGGGCCGGUUCACUUACCUGCACUUCUCAGAUGCACUAUCAGGUUCUUGCAGAAAUUUAUGGACGACAAUGGGUCGCCGGCUGAUAGCACUGCAGCUACAGUUGACCAUCUUGUAACAGCUUUCGAGGAAGCGGCCAGAGUCAUCGAAAGCAAAGAAACGGGUCCAGAUGGCAAAAAGCUUUUUGGUCUUCAAGAGUUGGAAUGGUUUUGCCAGAAUGCUUACAACGUUUCAGUGAAAAACGCACAGACUUGGGAUCCUAGAGGCUUGGUCCGAACAUUGGAUGCGUGCGUUAGCAUCAUGGGCCACUUCCCCGAAGAGGCAGUGUCUCCUGUGGUUGACGACCUACCCCUCCGCAGGCUCUUUUGCCACUUCAUCAAUGCUUCGGCUCUGACAGCACUUGCACGGGCACAGAAUGAUGUUGAAAGGCAGCUCCUGGACUACCAGGCCGUCCGCAAAAAUGUCGCAGGGUUUGAAGAGGCGUUGGAAGCAUGCCGCCAAAGACUUGAAUUACCCGAAACGCAAUAUAAGCAGCUGCUCAAGAAGCUGCAGAUAAUUAUAGUGUUCGACUUUGAAUCUGCAUUGCAUCUCAGACAGACAUCAGAACUUGGCGAGAUCAUACGCCGUGCCUCCGUUUGUAGGAAUGGGGAGACCUUCAAGGCUAUGGCUGACAGUUUGCUGAGACUACAUACUGCCUCAAAUAUUGCACCGAGGGAGCUACCAGACUGCGACAACAUCAAACUCGCCAGGUAUUGUCGAUGUGUUUUUCAAGUGCUAAUGGGUAUCGACACGGAACUUGCCCUCAAAGAGCUCCGGUCCAUCUCUCAUAUGGCAAAAAGGGCAUUUGAAACGACAAGUUCGCACUGGCCCUGCGAGGAACUCGAAUGGAUCGCCGUCAUGGCUUUCAAUCAUGGCAUUGAGAUUUCGGGACUAAAUAAUGAAGACAGCGCCCAACCCUGGGUAGAGAUUGCAAUGAGCCUGGCACAUUACAACGGCGAUUGUGGAAUGUUGGAGAAAUCGAUGUACGAAAGCUAUACCUUGUUUCGCUUGAACCGACAACCUGGGAAAGGCUGA